ACACAAUGCAAGAAAUUUACACAAAGUCACAAACACAUUCAAUGUUCGAGCUUACAAAGGAGAAGCUGAAAUAUUGGUUACUAGAUCACCCAUCAAUUGUAUCUUUCCGGUGGAGUCCGACUCUAUCAUGGGGCGGCACGUGGUGGUUUCUCUUUUCGGCGAUCUUUUUUUAUAUCACCAUCGUAAUAACCAUUCAUGUCAUUCUUAAACUAUGUCGCAUAAGGUGUCAGGUACCAUUAGGUCCACUUCCCGUCAUUCAUAGUCUCUCAAUGUCAUUAAUCUCAAUAAUUAUAUUCUUUGGCAUGUUUUUCUCGGCCGAAGUUGAGGUUCGGGAAACCCGUUGGCUAUGGCAACGAUCCCGAACCACACCGUUCGAAUGGUUACUAUGUUUUCCUUUGGGUAUUCGUCCAUCGGGUCGUGUCUUCUUUUGGUCUUAUGUGUUUUACCUCUCUCGUUAUCUCCACAUGUUGAGAACAUUCUUUGUCGUUUUGAGUGAGAGAAAAUUAUCGUUUUUUAGGUUAUUUUACAACUCGGUUAUUCUUAUAAUGUCGUUUUUAUGGCUUGAGUUUUCACAAUCGCUUCAAGUGUUAGCUAUAUUGUUCUCAACGUUGGUUUCUUUUGUGGUUUAUGGGUAUAGAUUUUGGAUACAAAUUGGGUUACCUAGUAAAACAUUUAAUAUUUCUGGGAAUUUUCUAAUGGUGUUAUUUGGUUGCAAUUUGGCUUGCCAUGUUGGAGUAGUUUUGUUGCAUUAUUCUAGAGGAGGGUGUAAUGGAAUUGGAGCAUGGGUUUUUAAUUCCUUUUUGAAUGUUUUAAUUCUUUGCCAUUUCUUGAAGUCCUAUUUUGAUGCCAAUGGCCAAUGGAAGGACACUUCUGCAAAAAGAGGGCAAAUCAAAGCUAAGUCAAAGCCAUAGAAUUUUGACUAUAAGAAGAAUAGUCAACAUUAUCAUUUGAGGAAUGAGGAGGUUCUUUGUAUGCUACCCUUUCUCUUUUAAUUUGUUUAGGUCAACAUCCAUGAAUGCCACAUUAGAGUGAUGUAAUGACUCUCUAAGGAACUGUAAAGUUAACUUGAAAAAAUAUGUAUUUAAUUAUAAAAGUUGAUGAUUUAGUUUUUAGAAUUUGAGAAGGAUAAAACUUAGGUACAAUUCUUUAGAUGUGAUUCUUACUAUUUUUCAAUGAAAA